AUGGGCUCAGGAGCAGGUGGAUGUGCAGUGGAUUGGGCUGGUGCAGUAGUGGAGGCAGAUGGGGCAGAUGAAGAUGUGGCUGCCUCACCAGAAGCAGCUACCUUUGCCUCUGGGAGAUCCGUAAAUCCUCUAUCGAGGCCUUAUCCCUUUUCAACAAUAGCAACACUAGCGAGUCCUCUCCCCUCUCACCUCUUCAUUUGGAAUGACAUCGAUCCAAAAUGCAUCGGAACUUCAAGCAUUGACACCACCUUCACAAUCUGGGACAUCGAAAAGGGCGUCAUUGAAAUGCAGCUCAUUGAGUACGAUAAAGAGGGAGAGAGGGUGAUGUUUGUCUUUUUUACAUCAAUUUCUACAUAUGGAUCUACUCGAAUCUUCGAUUUGAGGGAUAAAGAGCACUCCACGAUCAUCUAUGAGAGCCCUUAG